CUGACCACGUGCUCGUGACAUCGUCAAAGGUCCUUUAGCAUUGUCCUAUGUUUCGCAUUCUAGAGGAGAGAGAGCGAUAGAAGCUACCCAUAGGGAAGAGCGCGUCAGUCCUGUGACCAUGAACGUGAAGCCUCUCUGCAGCUCCACUUGUGGAUGAAGGACGCCAUCUGGAUCCACUGUCUUUAAUCGGGACACUCCACUUUGAUGUUCACUCGUCUCGACUAUUAAGACUUUCAUCACUUGUGUAGUAAUAUCCACUUUAUGGUCCAUCAUGUUCUUGACGGUGCCAUAUUUGCUUUUGAGAAGAAUGAGAGCCCGCCGUGAGCAGCUCGUUGAGCAAGUUCAUUAUGAGCCGCCACCACGUCAGUACAGAGUAAGCAGUAAUAAUGUGAACAGAAGAAGAAGGCGACGGCGGAGGAGAAUAUUCCCUGUAAGAAUUAGCCUGUCUGAAAUCGACGAGCACGACAUUAAAGAACGCUACCGCCUCAAUUCGGACGCCAUUAUGUCUUUAUACGAACUCAUCAAGAAAGACUUGAUCUCCACCACGAAGAGAAGCAAUGCUGUUCCUGGGAUUGUGAAGUUGCUCUGCGCUCUUCAUUAUUUCACCAGCGGCUCCUUACAGAGCACUGUGGCUGAGGCUGGAGGCAUAACCCAAAGCACCUUCAGCCGCGCUCUUUCCGAGGUCAUAUCCGCUAUUCUGAAGCUCUCUGACCAGUUCAUAAAGUUCCCCAGCGAUAAGACCGACUUACAGCUCAUCAAGCAAGGCUUCCAGGGCAUCAGCGGGUUUCCAGAUGUCUUGGGUGCGGUGGGUUGUACACAUAUAGCCAUAUCACCACCAUCUGAGAUGGAGCAGAUGUAUCGGAACAAGAAGCACUAUCACUCCAUCAAUGUGCAGAUUGUAUCUGACUCGGACAUGAGGAUCUUGGACGUAGUUUCGACAUUUCCUGGAUCGACGCAUGACUCCUCAGUCCUGAAACAGUCUGAAAUUCAUGAAAGAUUUGAAAAAGGAGAAUUUAGCGGGUGGUUAUUGGGAGAUGCAGGAUAUAGCGUUAAGCCAUGGCUUCUCACGCCCUUUGAGAGCCCGGCUACGGAGCCAGAAGUUGGUUAUAACUUAUCACACGACACAACGUAUUCUGUAGUGGAGCGCACUAUUGAGCUUCUGAAAAGCCGCUUCCGCUGUCUGGACAAUCCCAAUGGGGUUCUCCUAUAUAACCCCGAGAAAGUCAGCAAAAUCAUUCUUGUGUGCUGCAUCAUUCACAAUAUCGCUGUGGUCAGAAAUAUUGAGGUGGACCUUGCUCAGGAUCUCAGGCCUCCAAUCAAAGAUGAGUCGACGGAGGAUGACACAAUGGAGGGCACUGCGCAGAGGGAUAAAGUGGUGGCAGAAUACUUCUCUGGUUAAACAGAUGGCAAUGCUGCACAGAUCGCCGCCGCCACCUGCACCAUGCAUGGUCUCCACCUAUAGCGUGUCCUUUCUUUUGUACUUUUUAUUACAUUAAGCUUUAUUACUUCUACAUGUUAAUAAAUGUUUUUUUUCUAGAAUCAGUGUUCUGUCUCAUUACAAAAUGGAUGUAUUCACAGAGCUAUAUUUCUCCUGCAAAGGAGCAUUCAUGUGGCAUGUGUGUGAUAAUCCAUGUUCCUGCUCGUCCCCGCAUCCCCCAGUAGUAGCUAUUACUGAGGACAAAAUACACAGUUAUUAGGAUGGGCACAUAAAAUUCAUCUGUUACAGCUGAUGGGCAUGGGCCCUAAUACUCAAGAUUUGCAUGACCUGGGCAAAAAGAGGAUGGGGUUUCCACCACUAAGGUAGUCCUCCCUACAUUAUCCAGCAGUCCUCUCAGUGGUGCCACAGAGCUGUCCAACCUGCUUGGCUUUAAAGGGAGUCUGUCAACAGUUUUCACAAUGCAAAACUGCAGACUGUGCUGGGGAGGACAGGACAAGCAAACCUUUUAUGGAGCUUUUAUCAGGAUUAGCGUAAAUAUUAACAUGUGCCAGAUUCUGCUUCUGCAAGUGCACUGGAGGAAGAGCUUCACUGUGAUGUUCUCUGUACAUUGAACUGCUUCACAGCCCCCUCUCUGCCUUCAUUGACAAGUAGUGGGCCCCCUGGUUGGAUGAUAUAUAACUGUCACCCAGAGGGAAGGGGCUGUGAAACUGCUUAUUGGAGAGAGCAGAUCACAGUGAAGCCCAGCCUCCACGGAACUUGCAGGAUCAGAGUUUGGCAGAAUAAAAGUUCAUAUUCACACUGCUCCUGAUAAUAAAAAUGCCAUGAAAGGUAAGUUUAUUCUGCACUUCUCUACCAAGCGAUAUCAGCUGUUUUGCAUGGUGUAAACUGUUGACAUACAUUCUUUUAGCAGGCACCUGUAACACUCAGGUCCUGAAGAUUUAGACCAAGGUUGUUUCUUGUGUCCUUUCAGUUUAUUUUUUUAAUUUUUUUUUUUUGCAGAUAGGAUGCGUAACCAUUCAUUUCGAAGGGUCCGCAAAAAAAAUGCGGACAGCACACCAUGCUGGGACCCUCACUGGUCACAAGAAUGGGGGCCCUGUACCCCCUGCAGCCCCCUGAAAUGAACGGAGCAGUUGGUUGGGCAUGCAUCCGGCCACUCCAUUCCUUUGUACGGGAAUUCUGGAGAUAGCCGAGCGCUGUCCUGUGGCUAUGGGAUAAUUUAAUGUAACCAUAAUACCCUAUUGGAUGCUCUACAUUGCCGUCUAAAGUUUUCCUUUUGAAGCUUUUGUAUGCCAGUCCAGCUCCAGGCAGAGCUCAAGGACGAGAGUGGAGCUGACUUUUUAUUCAGCUUUCCUGGAGUUCAGAAAGACGAGCCACAUGAAAUGGCAUUUUAAGGGGUAGAACUUAUCAGAAGAGACCAGCUAGAGGACACCUAUUUACUGCGAAUUUCCCGAUGCCCUCUAUGGAGUACCCAUCGUUUAGAUUGUGCCCUUUUUAUGUCGCCUGUGGUAUUAAUAACAUCAUGGCAUCUACUAUUCCUGGGAGCUGGCCUAAUGACGACCUUCAUUAAGUCUAUUUGCAGCAGUUAUGAGCUCACCCUCCAUUCAGACGCUGUGUAUUUAGCCCUGUCUAAGCGACCAUAAUGUUUGUAGCAAAAGCAAAAAAUAAUUUUAACAAAAAUGUUUAUAUCUUGACAAGACUCCAAAUGGAAAUGCUGAUAUUUCGUCCAAGUAUUCCAAGCAUAUGAGUACAUGGAUGCCAUCCCGGCUGGUAAACAGUUGUCUGGUUGCCUGUCGUUCGGCACACAUCCCACAGUGUCCCUCUGUCCUCGGAAAUACACAACGUGAUUGUAUCGGACAUUUGCUCCUCCAGUGCACCCUAAGAACUUGCACUUGAUACGUAUGCUUUAAUUAUAAGAGGGGUUCCCAUAAGGAGUCAUAAUAGUCACCUCCUUGACAUAUUGCAGCCCAUUAGAAAGUGACAGAGAGGAAACUUUUUCUUGUGACCAUGUAAAGUUACUUCUUUGAAAUGUUUUCUGCAGGGCUGGCAAGGACAUCUCACAAUUAGUUGAUGCUGGACAGUAGUAGAGCCCCAAUAUUUGGACCCUUACUUAUGUGACGUAUUGUAUUAGCCCUUACAAGGUUUGUCCAAGGUAAUUUUUUUUAUUUCAGUAAACGGGCAAGGACCUUUCAAAAAUGAUAAGCAAAGUCACCUACCCAGCCUCCUCCAAUCCAGCGUCUCCUCUUGCCCAAGGUGCAGCGGUUACGUCCCAUAUACUGCCCCAUCCAGGCUGUGGCCUCGGCAGUGUACGGGAGAUCUCUGCAAUACAUUACUGCCUGCAGCCCAGGCAGGAGGAAGGAGCGGCGGCGCUGGAGGGGACUGGGAAGGUAAGUGUAAGUUUGCUUAUUAUUUUCAUAGACCUCUUAACAGUUUACAGAAAUAAAAAUGUAAAAAAUUGCCAAUCCCCCCCCCAAUUAAAGAGUACUUAUUGCCAUUCCCCAUGCAGUAAUAAGUAUGGAGCGUCUCUUCUGUUCCUAAGUUAUUCCUGCAAGAAGUUAAUGAAUCUGCAACUGGGUGUUUCCAUUGCAUUGUCUGACGCUAUCCAAUCAGUGCUGACCCCCGACUGGUAACACCCGGCUGCAGAGUCAUUAAUAAACUCUUUCUAGUAGCAAUAACAGAGGAAUGGUUCAAAAAUAGUUAUAAGAAUAAAUGAUACAGAAUUGUACGGAAUGCACAUCGUUAGUAAAACAGUCACGUCAGGAGAGGUGACAAGUCCUUAUUAAGUUCCAGUAUUUCUUUUCCUAUAUGGGUGUACCAAGCAGGGGACGCUCCAUCAAUGGCGUCCUAAGCUACUACCUGUUACGGUAUAUGGGCAUCAUAUUGAGGGGCAUCUGCUUGAAAACUUGUUUUUAUUUGCCAGAGUGGAGAACUGCAAGUAAGGAAGACACUUGGUCUGGCAAUCUUGGCCUUGCUAUCUAUACAUUACAUGGUCUUUAAUUUAUUUCAAUGGGCACCAUGUAGGAUUACAUUUCCCGACAGUUGCACUUAAACACUUAAAAACUGUAAAUAAUGUAAUAUUUCUUCUCUACCAAUGAAUAUGGCUGCUAACUAGAGGUGCCCAUGAAGAGAUGGAGGGUAUUUUUUAUUUUUUAUUUUUUUUCCUGAGUUUCCUAAAACUGUACCGUUUGCAGGAUUCAGUGUGUUUUAUAUCUGAUCUGACUCCUCUGUCUUAUG